AUUAUGAACAAAAUAUAAGUAUUCGUGAACUCUUUACACGUGAUAGAAUAAUAAUCCUUAUUGUGUGCAAGCUUGGGGAAAGAUAGACCGAAGAAUCUUUCGGGAGUAAGGCACAAUUAGAUAACAUACACGUGUCGGUUGUGUCGAAAGUUGUUGGCCAGAAAAUUUCACGAUGGCUGCGACAAGGGAAAAGCGUGUGAACGCUGGCAAUAAGAUGGCAAGGUUGCUAAACGAAGAGGAGGAAGAUGAUUUUUACAAAACUACGUACGGCGGCUUCGACGAAGUGGAGCAGGACAACGAUUACAUGGAGGAAGACGAGGCGGAGGACGAAGUGGACUCGGACUUUAGCAUCGAUGAGAACGACGAGCCAGUUACCGAUACCGAGCAAGAGGGGCCGAAGAAGAAACGCAGAUUGGUAACGAAAGCGUAUAAGGAGCCUAAACCUGCCACGUUGCAUGCACAAUCGACGCCCAAGGAGAAAAAGAUAAAACCGAAACAAGAUAAGAUCUUCAUAGACAGCAUAGAAAGAAAAUCAAUCCGCCGCUCUACUGCCGCAAAGUCGGCAGCUACGCAGAAACGCCUGCGUGAGAGAAACGAGGAUCAGAAACGAAAGACAAAAGUUGUAAAGCACGAUGUGUGGAAACCCACUCAGGAGGAAUUGCUGGAAGAAGCGUUGCAAACGGAGGAGCUUAAUACGAAGUCAUUGGAAAAGUAUCAGAAAUUGGAAAAUGAAAAAAAGACUACUAGGACUGUGAGAAAAACGAAUGUUGGACCGACGAUUAGGUAUCAGUCAUUGUCUAUGCCAGUAAUGGUAUUAUCUGAGACAUGCGCGGAUGAAGAAAAAAUCAAUGUCGAAUGUGACGAUGAGAAAACAGGAAAUUCUAAUAACACGGUUUCCGACAGCUCUCCAAAGGAAGGAAGCGAAACAGAGUCAAAGGCAGAUGGAAAAGAUAAUAAUAAAGAAGAAUCUACGGACACAGCUCUGUCUGCUCCCACUAAAAAGAAAGAUGUACAUGCCGAAGAAACUGGGAAAUUUUAUGAGCGAACAUUUAUUACUUUUCAAACCGAACAGUCGUAUCAAGAUGUAUUUAAAAAAUCGAACCAACCAAGGCCACCACUGAAGCCUCUGUGUGCAAUCACGCGGUUGCCUGCCAAAUAUCUAGAUCCUAUGACACAAUUACCGUAUAAAAAUAUACAGACCUUUCGAUUGCUUCGAGAAGCGUAUUAUCAGCAGUUAGAAGGUCGAACUGAUCUCAACGAUGCCUCUCAAAGUCCAGAACUAACGCGAUGGCUUGAAUGGCGACAGAAAAAUCACGGUAAUUCUCAGAGAAACACUAUUCGUCUGGAAUCAGCAUCUUUACCUGUAUCGUCAUAAUUUUUUUUUGUAAGUAGUAAUUUAAGAUUAAAAAUAGUCCGUUUUUGUUAUUCCUGCGAUUCGACAUAAACUUUACUGUGUACAUGUAAUAAAGCGCAAUAUAUAAUUAUUUUUAAAAAAUAAGUUUGUAUGUACUCAUGCACGCUAUCUAUAUAAUAUUAAUUGUAAUAUA